GGGCCAGCUCCGCCUUCCUGCGGGGGGCGGCGCUGAUGGGGCCCGCCCCGGGAAGCGCCUCUGCUGCCCGGCUGGCUGGCUGGCUCGCUCGGGCGCUCCUGCUCCUGCUCCUCCUCCUGCCGGGCUGUGCGCUCCGCCGCCUCUCCCGUGCUCUGCCCGCCCGCCAUGGCGCUGCUUCUGGAGUACGAGUUCAAGGUGCUGCCGGCCGACAAGCAGAUCGACACCGAGCCCUUCCUGGAGGCGGUGGCGCACCUGCCGCCCUUCUUCGAUUGCCUGGGGACACCCAUCGUAUAUGCUCCGGUCAAAGCCGACCUUACUGGGAACAUCAAGAAAAUACGAGCCGUUUACGAAUCGAACCCAACCAAGUUCAAAACGCUGCAGAACAUCUUGGAAGUGGAGAAAGAGAUGCACGGAUCAGCUUGGCCAAAAGUCGGGGCAACGUUGGCACUCAUGUGGCUGAAAAGGGGCCUGAAGUUCAUCCAGGUCCUGCUGCAAAGCCUUUGCGAGGGAGAGAGGGAUGAGGAGAACCCCAACCUCAUCCGGGUCAACGCCACGAAAGCCUACGAGCUGGCCCUGAGGAAGUACCACGGCUGGGUGCUGCAGAAACUGUUCUUGGGCUCCGUGUACGCUCUCCCCUACAAGUCAGACCUGCUGAAAGCCCUCGAAAAGGGCAAGGAGGUGAAGGAGGAGGAGACCCUGGAGAAGAUCCACCAGUUCCUCUCGAAAGCCACGCCGAUCCUGGACGCAAUCUAUGAAAUGUACACAAAAAUGAAUGCCGAACUGAACUACAAGGCCUGAUCCGGCCCCUCGCCCUCCUCCCCGCUCCUGUGGCCAACCAGAGAGGGCUGCGAGCCCCACGGCCGUGCCUGGACCUCCAGGGGCGGCCAGGACUGAGGAAUGUUUUCCUACCAAACCUUCAGCAAUACAUUGGUCUCUCGGAUCUUCCCGAAACCUUGCCCUGCCCUUUCAAGAGCCGGUGUUUUAGAAACUCUUAAAACUUUCCUCACUGGAUUUAUUUAAAACUGGUCUCAGGAAACGAGGGGCGUCUGGCAGCAAUGCUUAGCUAACUGAUACUCUGCGAGAUAGAUAUAUAUUCUUGUAAGAAUGUAUCUCCCUCUAACGUAUGUGUAUUUGGGGCCGUCUGUUCAGGCCCCAAUGAGCAAUUGGUGCAUUCGCUCGGUAUGUGGGUGCAGUCUUUGUGUGCUGAUGCUGGUGGGUGUGUGGGAGCUGAUAUUUCUCUGGGAUUAACACCAGCAGAGUGAGUGUGAGUGUGUGUGUGUGUGUGUAUAUUUUGCACAAAAAGACAAAAAAAGGCCUUCAGUGACUUUUCCUGAGUGAUGUUUUUAACCCUCCUGGGAGUCAAUAUAUUAUUCUCUUUCCUGCAAAGUGUUUUCUUCAGGGAUAACUGACUCUGGCUUCGAACUACCUGUACUGCUGACCUCUUGCUGUUGUUAAAGAGAUGUUGGUUCCUGGAGCACAAGAACCGUUUUAGGCCUUAAGUAGGUCACUGCACAUCCAAGCCUUAUUAUUUUCGAUGAGCAACAGGAAGACCACAAACCAAAAUAAAGACUGAUUAGGAGA